UCUAUUGACGGGAUAGGCAGCAAGCAGCUAGUUUGCCGUCAUUCCCUUAGCGCUUCAGCUAGUAAUCCUACAGACGCGAUCGCCGGAGAGUCACUACUACCAGAGCAGCGCGUGGCCCAUUGCUCAAAGACCGAUUACUGUAGCAUCCGUCGGCUCAGAAUGGCCCAUGCUCACCAGCCCGCGGCGUCGCACAGAGCCUAAAACCACUAGCUGCCGCGCAGUACUCCGUUCGUAUCUUAGGAGGCGGUAGAUCGGACGUUGCACCAUGCGACGCGUACAGAUCUCUGGUGUUCGUGUCCGAAUCUCCGCGUGUGUCACUCCCGCGCGCUGCUGCUCUCACUGGUCCAUUCGCGUCAUUCGCUCGGAAACUUCCUAUCCCAGCCAUUCACGCGCCGAGAUCCUAUAAUAAUAACCUCGCCUCGCUGUAAAUAGUUUCUGCGUCGCGGCUUUUGCGGCUCAGAUGCCAUUGGUAGUAUCCACAUUUCUCUACCCGGUCAGCGCAGAGCACGACUGGGCGCAUUAGGUUACCGUUGACCCUGUCCUGCGCGCGUGUUUCCUUUAUGUCUAACCAUGGCGGUCGUCGCCAUGCGAUCCGCGCAUCCCCUCGCGAGCGUCGCACGUGUCCGCAAACGGACCACCUGCGACGCCAGCUGCGACUGCUCCUCGGUCUUACCGUGCUGCUGCUGACGUCAACCUCCCCAGCGAUCGCCGUCCAUAGCUCCGCCCGGCUGGAUGACUCAUCCGCCGCUGGUAGCGACAGCGGCGGCGGCGGCGGCGGCGACGGCGACGGCGGAGGCGACGGCGCCGGCGCCAUCGUGUCGCCGCCGCCGCCGUCGGUGCUACGGGCCGUGGCGUGCGUGUUCGACAACCGCACGCAGACCUUCACCGCAACUGUCGUCAACCCGCUCCUGAUCACUCUGUCGGCCGACAACGGCUGGGCUCCUCCUGCCGGCCGGACCUGGCGCAACGGCAACUGCCGGUUCCUCCUGUCGGCAGGCUGUGCUGUGGUUCGGCAUUUCCUAGACGGCUGCGCGGAUCCAGACCCUUGCGCAUCCGCCGCUUGCGCGUGGGAUGGCGGGCGCCCCGCGGCGCUGGCGGGCUGCGUGCCGUUCCCCGCGUGUUACUUCGCGGGCGGCGUGUGUCGGCGGACGCGCAAGCGCUCCCCCGAGUGCCUCAUCCGCGACGCGACCAUUUCCGCCGCGGCUGUUUCAUCUGCCACGUCACCUGCCAGCAACGCCACCGUUGGGGUUACAAGUAGUCGUACUCUGAAAAGGCCACGUGGCAAGACCAGCCUCGUCACUGGCGCUGCUGCCAAAGCUUCCCCCCUGCCCAAGAAAUCGCCCCCUAAGAAAAUUCCGCGCUCCCCUCCGCCGUCUCGGUCCCCGCGCGCCCCGCCUCCGCGUAAGGGGUUGAAGAAGGCUCCUCCCAUUUUCCGCUGGAAAUCUCCUCCCCCUUACCGCCGCAAGAGGUCCCCCCCCCCUUCCGCCGCAAGUCUCCCCCUCCUUUCCACCGGAAGAAGUCUCCCCCUCCUUUCCGUCGGAAGAAGUCUCCCCCUCCCUCUCGGAAAAGAUACCCGCCUCCUUCCCCCGCCUCUCGAGAAGGGAGCCCCCCGCUAAAACCCGUCACUCUCGCUCCUGUGGCGGCUUUUCCGUCCCCGCCGCCUCCGCGCCCACCGCCAAGCCCGCCCCCGCGGCCGCCGCCAAGGCCGCCCCCGCGGCCGCCGCCAAGCCCACCGCCUCCGAAGCGCUCUCCUCCCCCAC